GUACAACCUUAUGUAAGGGUAACCAAAAGAAAAACUUUAAAUUGGCAUAAAAACUUUUGAACUUUUGCAAAAAAGAGGACAAGGGGUGGGUUCGACUCCCUCGUAAGUUGGGUCAACGGCAGCCCAUUAAAUAGAUUGAUGACCAGGCGGCCAACCGACUUGAGAACUAUGUCAAUUGAGACAAGUAAACUGAUAGAAAGAAGGUUACAAGUUGCAGCCAAGCCAAGCAGGCGUAGUACAUAAAAUCAACUUGUUACCCAAAUCUCCGUAUAGAGAAAAAAAUGGAACAGAAGAUCGAAACUACAGGCUAUGUGCCCCAAUAUUUCUUAUCGCUACCAAGAAAGAUCAAGAAGCUAUUGCUUUAUCGCUUUCUAUUUGCCACCUUACUGUGUUCUUGGUUGGAUUAUCAAAUGCUAGCGAUUUUCUUGUGCAUCCAUCUAUUUGAGGUGAGAAGACCACUGGUUUCCCUAAAUGAAAUCUUAGGGUGGACCCUGUUUUCGGUUUAUACCGCGAUAAUAAUGCUGUUUAUACGAUUGAGUAUGGUUUGUUAUGGGUUGAUGUUAUGCCAUGUACACUAUGCAAGACCCCAAUGCUACAGAUACAAGCUAUUGAGGAUCGUUCAUGAGUUUCCCAUACGACUUGGCUUGCUUUCAUGGAUACUCACAACAACUGUGUUGAGCACCUGGUUAUAUGCAUCUUUUGUGGAUUUGAAAGGUGCAAAUUACUUAUUGGGAGGAUCCUGGUAUUAUCUCAUGACCUUUGGCUGCUUUUGUGCGAUUAACUAUUUUUAUAAGCAUCAUGGAAAGUGCCUAAAAAGAUUUCCAUUACCCAUAGUGCAUCUGGAUAUAAAGGAACGCCUUGUAGAAAUCUGGUGUUGCCAAUUGAAAAGUUCUGGUCAAGAAGCUAUCGUUCCAACUUUAUUAUUUUCCCUGAUUUACUGGCCAUCCAUGGGUUAUUUGGAAGCUACCGAAAUCGAUGGAGUCCUCACGGGAUUUAGUGUGAUUAUAACGAACCCAACACGACUUUUUCAAGCUUGGUUGCUGUCCACCUUGAUCCUGGCCAAAUUACAUAUAGUUCGAGAGGUUUAUGGUCUGGUUAUGCAACGUCAACUAUCUUUAAUCAAUGAUUCCAGGCGCCUGCAUGAAUAUCUAGAUAUCAAUCUAUUGAAAAUAAUAGAACGCCUUCAAUAUAUUCUCUGCGUGAUGCGAAUGAAACCGAUGCCAUUGGAUACGCAACGCUAUAACCUCUCUUUGCCAAUUGCCAUGGCCUUGGAUUCGGCGGAAAUGUAUGGAUUUCAAUUACUGGCAUCCCGUGACUUUUAUGCAGCCAUGUCGGGAAGUUUAUGUAGUGAGCUAUUCAAACAGCAAUGUUUGAAGCGAAAUGUCAAUUGGAACGAAUUACGCGAUUUUGUACUGGAAAUGGUGGAUGAUUUUCUGGGUAGGAUGGAAUCCUGUUUGGAGACUGCUCCUAGGAUACAAGUAUGCAAGUUGCUAAGGAAGCAAGUUCCCAAGAAGGAGGGUCUACGAUCCUUGGUAAAACCCAUUCCUCCACCACGACGACUUUCUGCUAUAUGCAAAGGACCUCCACAAUGUCGAAUGGCCGAGCAGCAGAUUUGGUGUUUCUGCAAUCUGCGAAAAUACCUAAGCGAUAGGUUUCUCAGCCAUUGGAACUUUUUAUGGUCCAGAUUGCCAGUAAUUCCGCGUUACUAUAGCUUCUUUUACGAUCCCGAUCCUCUGGCUAAACUCAACCAUGAGUUGCGUUGUGCGGAACCUCUGGUUUGGGUCCUUCAAGGACUCGUUUGCAUUUGCGUGCGAUCCCUAAAAGAAGAUAUAUUUGGCUAUAUCCAGAACGAUCUAUGUCAAAUUUUUGAAUCUCUAUUGAAGAUGGAGGAGAAGUUGAUCACCGCCGAGGAAAUGCAGGUGAGGGAGCGUGGAAAACUGUGCUCCACUCAUAGUCUUUUGAAGAUGGCCAUAAACCGCUGUUUGUACAGAAUGCUGUUUACUUUCGGUCCCCAUUUGGACUACAUUGUGGAUAAUAUUCAGUUGAAGGAGAAAUUGUUGCGUAGAAUGGAGUUGAUACCUUGA